CUUCAGCUCAGAUCUCUCUGCCAAGGCCCAGAUCUUACUCAGUUGCUGUCUGGACCUUGGGGAGGUCAAGAAGCGCCUUGUCUUCGUGGAGCAUCAUCUGGAAGAAUCUGCUACCUGGGGCCGUCUGAACGGAGCGCUCUUUUGUGAACGCCAGGUUAAACUUUCAUUGCUGCACUUUUUUCUCGUGGCAGUUUUCAACAAAACGGUUGUUGACUUCCACUACGACGUGUGUGGCAAGUGGUUGAGGAAACGGCGAAUCGCACACAUCUACACACUCUCUGUAUUGCCACAGCAACAGAACUUUUUUAAAGCGAUGUCGGGGGCAAUAGGCUUACAGUCCUUGGCCUCAAGAGCGAGCCUAUCUGGAGCUGUCCUGGGAGACUCUGGGAGGAACUGCAGCUGUGGAGCAGAAGCGAGCGGUCAGACCCCAAGUUUUAGUGCAGUUCACUAUGGGGGUUCUAGGCAUCGCAUGGAUAAGGCGCAGGGGUUCAAAAUUUCAAGGCACCCAACACCGUCGAUUGGUGCCCGGAUGAGCAGUUUCGCAGGCACGAGGAUGCGGAGCCCAGGAGUCGCAUCUGUUAGAAAAGGCAUCAGGGGAGCCGCUCAACAAGGUAGGGCUCAGGUUGUCAUGGAUGUCGAAGGUGUCCCGCUGACCGAAGAAAAUGUGGAGAAAGUAAUGGACGAGAUUCGGCCGUAUCUCAUGGCCGAUGGAGGGAACGUUGAGCUAGUGGAGAUCGACGGGUUGACCGUAAGGCUGCGGCUUCAGGGGGCUUGCGGCUCCUGCCCCAGUUCCACCAUGACCAUGAAGAUGGGGAUUGAGCGGCGGCUCAUGGAGAAGAUUCCGGAAAUCCAGGCGGUGGAGCAAGUUUUGGACGAGGAAACGGGGCUGCCGCUGACGGACGAGAACGUGGAGAAUGUCUUGUCCGAGAUUCGGCCUUAUCUGGUGGGGACGGGUGGCGGCGAGCUGACCCUUGUUAAGAUUGACGGGCCUGUUGUGAAAGUUCAAAUUGAUGGGCCCGCAGCGAAUGUGAUGACCGUAAGGGUGGCGGUUACGCAGAAGCUUAGGGAAAAGAUUCCAGGAAUUGCCGCCGUACAGUUGCUGUAAUUGGUUGUAGCCUGUUCCAGGUGCUUUGGAGCUACGUCUAUGCAAGCUCUUUGCUAUUUGUUUUGAGGCGGUCAUGCUUCUUUUGAUAUUCUUUGUUAGGAGUUAGAUAAGCUGCGGCAUCAGAAUCGUAUAAGAGCGGAGGCUCGAAGACGGUUGUCUACCUGUACCGUUCAGACAACCGGCUUAGAUAUAGUCGGGUAUCACCAUCAAGUUGGUGCAUUAUAUCUUUGUUUUCCGGAUCCGAUUCCAUAAACACUCCUCAACUUUUCUAUCACAUGAGCAGACCCGA